AUGGCCACUGCAGAUAAUCAGAUUACCGCAAAUACAAUCUUAUCUGAUGCCUUUUCGCAGAAAAAGGUGUUGAAACCCGUCCCUAAGGUAGACAUUAUUGAUCUGGAAGAGUUGAAGAGUUACCAGCUUAGAAAGAGAACGGAAUAUGAGUCAUGUUUGAAGAGGAAUAGGCUUGACAUGGGUCAAUGGAUGCGGUACGCUCUUUGGGAGGUGGACCAACAUGAUUUCCAAAGAGCCAGAUCAGUUUUCGAAAGGGCGCUGUUGGUAGAUUCGAGUUUUGUUCCGUUGUGGAUACGGUAUAUUACAUCGGAAUUAAAGAACAAAUAUGUGAAUCACGCCAGGAACUUACUGGAAAGAGCAGUUUCAACUCUACCUAGAGUGGAUAAACUAUGGUACCAGUACCUAUUUCUUGAAGAGUCUUUAGAGAACUGGGAUGUUGUCAGAGCGUUGUACAAUAAAUGGAUUUCGUUGGAACCUGCAACAGGGGCUUGGGAUUCGUACAUAGAAUUUGAGAUACGGCGAGAAAACUUCAGCGCAGUACGAGAUAUAUUCGCCAGAUACGUACUAGUAUAUCCUCAACUACCCAUUUGGAUGAAGUGGAUCGGGUUUGAGAAAGUCUAUGGAGAUAUUGCUUCUGUGAGGCAGAUAUAUUCUCUAGCGGUGGACACUAUAGUGAGGUACGAGCAAGCUAUGGAUGAGAACGGAAUUAGUAAACUUUUGGUCUCGUUUGCAAACUGGGAAGCUACCCAACAAGAGUACGAACGCUGCAUUUCGAUCUUUACACUCGCUUUGGAAAAAUGGCCUAACAGCCAAUUUUUGAAAGAUGCCAAGGUGCAGCACGAGAAGAAAUUCGGUGAUUCCCAUUCGAUACAAACGAGUGUUACUCUGAAAAGAAAAUCCAGAUACAAACAAUUACUUUUGGAAAACUCCCGAGACUAUCGAACUUGGUGGACAUAUCUCGAUCUUAUAGAGAGUUACUUCCCCGAAGAACUUAUACCAGAAUUUGAGAGAGCAGUAUCUGUUGCGAGUCAACCCUUACAGAAGGAGGUAAUGGAUGUAGAAUGGAGAAGUUACAUUUUUUUGUGGUUAAGGUACCUAUCAUAUGUUGAACUAAAUCUUAACGAUACGUCCUUGUGCCGAUCUCUUUACAGAAGAGUGAUUAAUGACGUAAUCCCCCACGAUAAAUUUACAUCAAAUAAAUUAUGGUUGAUGAACAGUGAGUUUGAGAUAAGGCAGGAAAACAUAUCCGCUGCUAGAAAGAUACUGGGGAGAGCUAUUGGUACCUGUCCAAACCCGGAGUUAUUUCAAAAAUAUAUCCAAUUGGAAUUAAAUUUAAAGGAAUUUGACCGCGUACGUAAACUUCAUGAGAAGUUUAUUGAAUAUGAUCCCAUUUCCAUGGAGAAUUGGCUAAACUACGCUAAAUUAGAACAAGAAUUGGGUGAUGAACAACGGAUGAGAAGUAUUUAUACUAUGGCAUUGAAUAAGGAUGUCGUUCCAUUGCCUCUUCAGGACCAAGUCAAGAUUAUUGAAGAAUUCCUGAGCUCCGAAACCGAGUUUGAAAACUAUAACAACGCCAGACAGUUAUAUCGUCAAUACUUAGAGUUGGGUCGGUAUACACCAUCGAUAUGGAUUUCGUUUGCCAUGUAUCAAUCUUCUACGCCUACGGAUAAGCAGCUAUCUCAAAUAUUAAGUGAGUCUGCGGACAGGGAAGAUGACGAAGAAGCAGUUGAAUUCGAAUCGAAUGAAGAGAACUUCGAUGAAGCAAGGAAAAUAUACGAAGAAGCACUAGUGUAUUUUAAGGAGAAAGGUGAAUCUGAAAGUAGGUAUCGGAUAAUGACUGCAUUUGUUACAUUUGAGAAAAGGUUUGGAAAUGAGGAGACCCAGAAGGCUUUAGAGAAGCGAAUUCCUAUUCCUAUCAAGAAAAAAAUCAUCGAGAACAAUAUUGAAAGGGAAAUCAUCGAAUACUCCUUUCCUGAAGAUCAACUUCCGAAUAUUGUUCCAGAUGAUCAUAAAGAAUCCGUGGAAGACCAUCAAGAAAAGCCAAAUGUUUCCAAGUUUUUGGCCCUCGCUAAGAAAUGGAAAGAGACUCAAGGUUAG